AUGGCGUCUAUAUUUACCUUCGAUCCUGAUCCUCCGCGGGUGUCAUCCCCAUGGGCAACAACACCUAUCGGCGACGCCACCCAGCCGCCCGCUCCGAACCAAACGUCUAAGCUCCUUCCUUCGCAGGUCGGCAAGGGCGACUGCACAGUGUCCGACAAGGAGGUUCCGACAGGUGACGUCGAAUAUACGAGCAUCAAAAGGCUGGAGGCAGAGCCUCAGGAUGGUCCUACAGAAUACAAGCUACAUCUGCUUUUAAGGCGACGGCGGUCCUUCACACGGGCUAGCAAUGGACGUUACAUGUCAGGGUCUAUGCGACGGAAUGAAGCUUCCAUCCCAGUACCUGUGGGUCGUAGUGUAGCUGAAGCAGUUCCUCUAUCCAACACACCUCCGCCACUUGCCUCUACGCAGUCAAAGCAACAUCGUCUUGAGCAACUCACCACUCAACUGCUCUGGCGCCUACAGCAGUCAUGUCCCUAUCAUAUCUCUUCAUCAACAGCCCCUGUACUACCCCAUCUUCCCGAUGAUGCGCGUCUCUCUGCGCCUGAAAUGCCCCAGCGGCUUCUCCCUGGCUUGGAGGAGAGCAAAGGUGCACUGUACGAGAUCGGUGUCGCAGACGAUGGAACCAUCGUUGGCUUGGCAGAAGAUGAGAUGGAAGAGAGUCUGAACAAUUUGCGCGCUAUGGCUGCAAGUCUAGGCUGUGGCAUUGAAGUCUUGCGCAGAGUCCCCGUGGGUGAGUGCGAAUGGGUUGAAGAUGCCGGCACACCACAGCAAAGAGUUCUCAAGUCUCAGCUACUAGUCGCUGAAGCCUUGGUUCGUCCAGAGCAGCAUCUAAUUGAUCAUACAAGGAAGAUCCAGCAGGAUCUUGGCAACAUGUCACUGAAUGCUUCUGGCAGCAGCAUAGACCUACCGAGCACACCUCAAACCACCACUGAGCAGAUGCGAGUGUCAGUCACCGGAGCCACCAUGUCGGGCAAAUCUACUCUCCUCGGCACGCUUUCUACCGCCACGUUAGACAACGGUCGUGGAAAGAGUCGGCUGAGCUUGCUGAAGCACAGGCAUGAGAUUGCAUCAGGCAUGACCAGUUCAGUAACUCAGGAGCUUAUAGGGUAUCGCGACGACAAGGAACAUACGCAGGUGAUCAGCUAUGGCUCUGGGGAUGUUUCAUCCUGGAUUGACAUACACGCUGCAGUGGAGGCUGCUGGUAAUGGCAGGCUCGUGUUUCUUUCAGAUUCCGCAGGACAUCCUCGCUUCAGGCGCACCACUGUUCGUGAUUCUUCGGGCAAGCUGGGAGCGUCGCCUACGUCCGAGGAAUUACUAGGACCCGCUGCUGCAGGAUUUGAUCUCUCACACGCUCAUCUGCAGCUCUGUCUCGCCUUGGAACUACCACUUGUCAUCGCCAUCACCAAGUACGAUUUGGCUACCAAGAACGGCUUGAGAAGCACCAUAGUGAAGCUGUUCACGGCGCUAAGAGAGCACGGUCGUAAGCCUUUUCUCAUCACUGAUCCGUCCACAUCUGUUCUAGAAGCCGACCUACACACCGUCGAGGCAUCGGAUCUAAAUGAGACGGACAAGACCAUUGAACUUCUGAAAGAGUCACCACUCGCGGCAGUCCCUGUUGUACUCACUAGCGCGAUCAAAGGGAUCGGCAUUCAGAAACUGCAUGCUUUCCUGAGAAGACUUCCUAUGCCAACGGAGGAGACAAACCCACCAUCUGGAACGCCUUCAACUCUGUUCUAUAUCGAAGAUGUCUACAGCGUGCGUACUAGUACCUCUGCUAACAGCUCCACCAUCAUCGGAGGACACCUCCGCUACGGCUCCCUAACGAUCGGAGACGAGCUACUCCUUGGGCCAUACUCGGUCGACAUCAGCUCCGACGAUAGUGACAGCGGCAGCGGCACUCAACCAACCCGAAAACUUACAAUAUCACAAUCACGCUCUUUCCCCGGCGCACUCAACACAAAAUCCAAAAACACGCUCUUGCGUGACCGACACAGCGAGUGGCGACGCGUCCGCAUCACAUCACUCCGCAACCUACGACUCCCCGUCCGUACAUUACAUGUAGGCCAGGUGGGUACCAUGGGAAUCAUACCCGUCGACACACCACCCCUUUCCAGUCCCUCCAUCAACAGAAUACGCAAAGGCAUGGUACUGUGUGCAAGCGAAGCCAAAGCUCACAAAACCAUCACCGUUCGCUUCCAGGACAAACAAGCUCAAGGCAUCAAAGGUCUCAGCGUAGGCACCGCUGUCGUCGUCUACAUUGCCAGUGUACGCGCUUCUUCGAAAGUCGUUUCCGUGGCUCUUGAAACCGUAAACGCUCCCUUGCCUCCGCGGACAUCGCAAGAUGACGAUGAUGCGUUUGGUUUCGGCUUCGAGGAUGAGGCCGAUGAGAUGGAUAUGAGUGGUUCGAAUGCACCGCCUGCUGUUAUUGUGACGUUUCAGUUUAUUGCGUCGCGUGAGUUUGUUGAAGAGGGAGCUAGGGUGUUGAUUAUGCCUGGUGGUGGAGGGCCUGGAUUGUUUGGGAGUGGGGAGAGAGGGGCUAAGGGUAUGGCUGGGUUGGAAGGGUUUGUGGGAAGGUUGGUUGAGGAUGGUUUGUAA